UCUUACAUAUUUCUUGAGCUUCUUGCUUUUUCUUGGAGUCUGUCUGUCUCUCUCUCUGUCUCUCUCUCUCUCUCUCUCUCACACACACACACACACACACACACACACACACACACACAAAGACAGCUCCUUCAAUGGCUUCUGAGAACAAUCACAACACCUGCAGCAAAUCAAAGCAUCAAGUCUCAGCAAUGAUAAAACAAGGGUUUAUCUCAGAUCCCUUUCUCGGGCCUCCUUCAAAAACACCACUUUCUCUCUCUAGGGUUUCUGUGUCUCCUCCACCUUCCUAUCCCAACUCACCCAUCCAGACCCAGAACCAAAUCCGCCCAAGUCCGAGCCGAUCAAGCCCGACCCUUUUCGAAAUGAUGUCAGAGGAACAGACACGAGAGUCCAAACAGACCCUGGAGACCCGCCAUAGACUCCAAGAAAGAAUCUCUAGGGUUUUAGCUGAAGCCCCAUUUCGAAACCCUGAUGGCUUUUUAGGGUUUGGUGAUGUGAAGCUCACAAUCACUGCGACUGAUGGGUUUACCGUUUCUAUGGAUGUGCACAAGAGGGUUCUUGCUGAUAAAAGCAGGUUCUUUGCCGAGAAGUUGCGAAGAAGUGGAUCCCACUCUGUGGAGAUUUGUGAGGUUGAUGAUGUUGAGGUGUAUGUAGAGACUCUUGUGUUGAUGUAUUGUGAGGAUUUGAAGAGAAAAUUGAUGGGUGAGGAGGUCUCCAAAAUCUUGGGUUUGUUAAAGGUAUCUGCAGCUAUCAUGUUUGAUGCUGGGAUAAUAUCAUGUUUGGAGUAUUUGGAAGCAAUUCCUUGGUCUGAGGAAGAAGAGGACAAAGUGGUAUCCCAUCUUAGUGAACUUCAGAUUCAGGACUCAGUCACUGAUGUUUUGCAGAGGGUUUCAGCCGAGCCAUCCAUGUCUUCAAGAGCUGAUGACAUCUUAUUGAGAUUGUUGACUGGUGUAUUACAAGCCAAGGAUGAUAAAGCCCGCAGGGAUAUGAAAACGUUAAUUUCUCGAUUGCUUAGAGAAGAUGCAUCUGAUCACAGUAGUUACAGCAAUAGGCUUGAUAUCUCCAAAGAUACCCUUCUUCAUCUUUGCCAUGGAUGCCUAAGUUCUCUUAUACUGUGCUUAUCUGAAGCUACAUGCAUGGAUGAAAGCAGGCGGGAUCGAGGUGUUUUGAUGGGUGAGAUAGCUCGAGAAGCUGACAAUAUGCAGUGGAUUGUUGAUAUUCUAAUUGAUAGAAAAUUGGGGGAUGAAUUUGUGAAAUUGUGGGCGGAUCAGAAGGAGCUUGCUGUUCUCCAUUCAAAAAUUCCCACCAUGUACAGGCACGAAAUAAGCAGGAUCACUGCACAACUUUGUAUUGCAAUUGGGAGAGGGCAUAUUUUGGUGCCAAAAGAGACCCGUUAUUCACUUCUUUCCACAUGGUUAGAAGCUCUGUAUGAGGACUUUGGGUGGAUGAGGAGGGCUUAUAGAUCAGUGGACAAAAAACUCGUUGAGGAUGGACUAGGCCAGACAAUUCUGACUCUGCCUUUGCCUCAGCAACAAACUAUCUUGCUUAAUUGGUUUGAUCGAUUUCUUAACAAAGGGGAUGACUGUCCCAAUAUUCAGAGAGCAUUCGAAGUUUGGUGGAAAAGAGCUUUCGUUAGGCGUUAUGUGUCUGAGUCCCAGUUACAGAUAACCAUCUCCGAUUAUCCAAACUGAUGGUAUGCUAUCCAAUAUCCACAUCCAAUGCUCCAAUCAACAUAAUGUAUAUAUGAAUUCAUAUUCUUUCUGUAAUGCUUUCUGUAAUAAUCUUUUGUCAACACCCAUUUGGACUUUGGGUUCAUCUGAAAAUUGAUCUUUCAGAUGCAAAAGAAUUUCAAAGUCAUACAAUGUAAGCAUACAAACUAUGAGAAGUUGAGAAAAUGGAAG